AUGGCUCGCUCCCUCGCCCUCUUUGCCGUCGUCGUCGUCGCGGCCGCUGAGACUAAAACGAUCAAGUGGUGGAUUCCCGAGGGUAUUGAGACCAAGAGCUACAAGGCCUCUGUCGUCUCCAUUGACGGCGAGGACACUACCUUGGCCGUGAGCAAGGACUCUACCACCGGUGUUAUCGCAAGCGGCCCGUCCACUCUUACCGCGGCCAUCACCAUCGAGAUUGAUGACGCUAUGAACUAUCAGGAGUACCACUGUGAGCUCGACCCAGACAAGGACCAAGCCAGCUGCACCCACCAGGUUUCCAUGUCGCGCAACGGGAACAUUAUUCAAGAUGUAUCCGACACCACUGUUGAAAGUUACCAGGAGACUAUGGCGCCCAUUAUCGUCACCGCUGGUGCCGACAAGCUGGGUGACGAAGAGAACACGACAGCAACCGAAGCGUCUUCUGCUGCUGACGAGGCCUCUGUCAUCGAUGCGUCUUCUGCCACGGCCGCAUCAAAACCCCAGGCCACCGAAGCCGAAGCGACGAGCUCGGGUAAUGCGGCGCCCAUGAUGACGCAGAAUGCCGUGUUUGCCGGCGUUGCAGCUGUUCUUGGAGGCGCUGCUGUGUUGCUGUAG